AUGGGCGUCGCAGAGUACCUCACCCUCGCGGUGACCCACCCCGGAGAGCUCCGCUCCAUGAUCUCGUACAAGGUCUGGGCAGACAAGCGCGACAUUACCGAUGCGACCGAGCUCCAGUACACGGGCUACGACCGCGACACAAUGAAGAAGUGCUGGGAAUUUUUGGACCUGACCAGCCGCUCGUUUGCCAUGGUCAUUAGGGAGCUCGAGGGAGACCUUGCGCGUGUGGUGUGCCUGUUCUACCUCGUUCUCCGAGCUCUUGACACGGUCGAGGACGACAUGACCGUCCCCAACGACGUCAAGCUGCCCCUCCUCCGCGCGUUCCACGAGAAGCUCUACGAGCCCGGAUGGACUUUUAGCCAGUCGGGCCCCAACGAGAAGGACCGCAUUGUGCUGGUCGAGUUUGACAACAUUCAGAAGGAGUUUGCCAUCCUGGACAAGGGCUACCAGGAGGUCAUUGCCAACGUCACCCGCAGGAUGGGUGCCGGUAUGGCCGACUAUGCCGCCCUCGCCACCCCCGAAAGGCCCGUCGCCGAGGUUGACAGCAUUGCCGACUAUGACCUGUACUGCCACUACGUCGCUGGCCUCGUCGGCGAGGGUCUCUCGGGCCUGUUCGCCGCCUCGGGCAAGGAGCGCUCGUUCAUUGCCGACCAGCUCACCCUGUCCAACUCGAUGGGUCUCCUGCUGCAGAAGACCAACAUUUACCGUGACAUCAAGGAGGACGUUGACGAGGGCCGUGGCUUCUGGCCCAAGGCCAUUUGGAGCAAGUACGGCUUCAAGUCGCAGGAGGAGAUUUGUGAGCCCGCCCGCGUAAAGGACGCUCAGUGGGCUGCCAACAACAUGGUCCUUGACGCGCUCCGCCACGCCACCGACGCUCUCGACUACCUCACCCUCCUCAAGAACCAGUCCGUGUUCAACUUUGUCGCCAUCCCCGCCGUCAUGGCCAUGGCCACCCUCGAUGUCUGCUUCAUGAACCCCAAGAUCUUCACUGGAAACGUCAAGAUCCGCAAGGGCCAGGCUCUCCAGAUUAUCAUGCGCAGCUCCAACCCCCGCGACGUUGCCUACAUGUUCCGCGACUAUGCCCGCUCCAUCCACCGCAAGGUGCCCAUGGACGACCCCAACAUGCUCAAGAUCUCCAUCUCGUGCGCUCGCGUCGAAAAGUGGGCUGAGCACCACUACCCGUCCUUCCUCGAGGUCAAGGCCGGCGCCAACGGUGCCGCCGCCCAGACCGGUAUCGACCCCAUGUCGACCGACGCCCGCUCAGGCCUGUACAUGGAGCUUGUCAAGGCCAACCGCGCCAAGCAGGACGCCGAGCGCCGCGAAAAGUUCAUGGACGACCUCCGCGCCAAGGGCCUCAUCAGGCCCAAGCUCGACGACCCCGAGGAGGAGAAGGCGUUCCAGGAGAAGAUGUCCAAGCUCAACGAGCCCGAGGACUUCCCUAUCAAGCUUAUCCUCGGUAUUGUCCUGGGCCUCCUCGUCCUCUUUGGUGGCUCGAUCUGGGCCCUUGUCUAUGUCGCUACCAACUACCUUGACAACUAA